UGGAUUGGAGACGCCGUCGGGGACGGGCAUGCUUUCUGUGCAUUGUGAACCCCGGUUGAUGCGCUUCGCUAUCGAUUGCAGGACGGUGUGCGAGUCCCGAUACAUCGCAUCGUUUUUUCCCACCGUUGGCCCGUUCGUCGCGUUUUGGGCGAGCGAUCAGCGAGCGCGAUAUCGCCGGUGGAGCCGCGAGGAACGUGUAAGACAGGACCGGGAGGGCGAGGAGAGAGAGCGCGCGCGACGAGGAGCUUCCGGGACGAGCGGCGACGCAACGGAACAAGAUGACGCCCGAGGGAUACACACGGGUGUACGUGGGUGGGUUGAACGAGAGCAUCAAGAAGGAAGACCUGCAGAUGGAGUUUGAGAAGUACGGCAAGCUGAACAAGGUUUGGGUGGCCUUCAAUCCGCCUGGCUUCGCCUUCAUCGAGUUCUUCAACAUGAACGAGGCCGAAUUGGCGUGCUGCAACAUGAACGGCAUGGAGAUAAUGGGUGCAAAAUUGAGAGUGGAGAUUUCACGGGGUAGAGGUCGCGGUGGCGGCAGCAGGGGCAGUACGGGUAGUUUCCGCGGUGGUCGCGGGGUCGGUGGUAGGGAAUUCGGCACACGGGGCGGUACUAGCGUGGGUUACAGAGGAAGCAAUACUUACGGCGAUUACGGAGGCAGCUAUUAUGCAGGCAGGGGUGGCGGUGCAAGUAGGGGCAGAGGUCGUUACGGAGAGGACUAUAUGUACAAUCGCAGCGGCGGGUAUGUUACACGAGACGGAUAUACUCAGGAUGUCUACGGCGGUAGCGGCGGAGACACUGGCGCCGAUUACUAUACCGGGAAGGACACGAGCACUGCGAGGUAUCGAAGCCGCUCACCGGCCGGCCGUGGCAGUCAUCGUCAUCUACGUGAAUGCACAUAAAAGAACUACGCUGCGUUGCCAAUCUGAACUGCGGGCCGAUCACAGCCACCCGCCUCGACGACUUCAUUUCUGUCCAAUCUACACAGCGACCUGUAUAUAGACAAGAACUAUCAUUGCGGUUUAUGCUGUGCAUAUUAUUUUUCCUCGCAUUGUUGAGACCACUUUACACACAAAUACACGAAUACACACACACACACAUACACAUACUGUGGUCGUAUCCAAGGGGGACACUUUCUAUGAUCAACUCGGAAGCCACGAUAGACUCGAGAAACGAAAGAAUAAAAGAAAAGGAAGGAGAAAGUUCCCUCGAAAGAAUGCUCUUCCGUUUGCAAAACGUGAGAAACACAGAGAUAUAUAUAGAGAGAGAGAGAAAGAGAGAGAAAGAGAAGGAGAGAGAGAGGGGGGGAGGAAGAGAAUGAAAAAUAAGGCGCAGUGAUAUAUCGAAUCACGGACUCAACGGACUCGAAAACAACACAGAGAUCAAUAUCCGACGAAGUAAUUGAUUAAUAUAGGGCUGUAGUGUGUAGGGAUUGUACUUCGCGACUUACCAUUCUAUUUUUAGCUAAAAAAGCGCACUCACACUCGUUUUAGAUCUCUAUUUCUAUUUUAAAGAUGUUUUUUUUUUUUUACUUCCUUCCAUUUCUACUUUCUUCUCGCUGGACACGGUCUUCUUUUUUUUUCCUCUCUCAACCGUGACCGGAAUUCUUGUGCUUUACGGUCACGUGACGUUCGAGAUUAUUUUAAUAACCCGCACCAGACGUCGCGUCUAGCCUAGCAGCCUCGCAACCGGGGGAUGUCGCUCUCGCGCGAUUGCCGGCUUCGCGAUGUCUGCGCGCGCGAGGUCGAGAAUCGCCGGGCCAAACCCCGAAGACGAAACUGGAUUCUUAAGGCGUACAUGACGCGUAUUACAAUACCGACUAUCGUACGGUACUGUACUUUACAGUUGUACAUGUCUACUCGUUAUUAAGUAACGGAGCGGAAAAAAGCGUAGCUCAGCUGGAACCAAACCAGCGAGGAAGCUUCUACUUUCUGCGAUAAUCAGUUUCGAGACACCAGUUACACAUACGUUACACGACGGUCCCGUGGUGUGAAUAAUCUCUUAUCGCGUAUCUAGGUAGGAAGAAAACGAAAAAAAAAAAAGUAAUAACGUGUGUGCUCGCUUAUUAUUCUAUGAAUAGUAACGAUUUUAUAUGGAAUCUCGGAGAGGAGAUUAUAAAAUAAGGAGAUCGCGCGCGCGUGAGAGAGAGAGAGAGGGAGAGAGAGAGACUUUAGCCAAAUGCAAACUGCUGCUCGUAUAUGGAGAAUCGAUUUUUUAUCGAAUAUAUAUAUGCGGACAAGCAAACGUUUAAAAAAAA